AAUCACUCCACCAACUCACACUAGACCGAAAAGAGAGAAACGAACUCUGAAGCGAGCGAAAAACUUUCGUUCAAAAAAUCAUGCCACCAGGUGCGAAGAAGAGAAAGGCGUUGAAGAAGAAGAAGCAGCAGGAACAACAGGAAUCGAUUGGAACAUGUACGAUCACUAAUGGCGAUAAACUCCAUGAGAAAGGACAUGGAAGCCAAGAUGAUAGGGAGAGUGAUGAUAGCAAUUCGAGUUCCCCUGCUUCUCAAGGAAAUGAGACAAAGGAUCCAUCUGCUUCUUUCGUGAAUGACAUUGCUGAAGAGAUAUCAGAUCUUGUUACUCAGAGACUAGGAUCAGAAAAUGGAAAUGCUAUUUCUGUUGAAAGAGGAACUGAUGACAAGAAGCUUAUUGUGGAGAAACCGCUCAUCUCCUCUUCUCAUGAUCCUUGUGUUAAGAAGAUCGCUCCUGUUGUCGAUUCUGUCUCCAAAGUAGUGAUCUCUGUAAAGAGCGAGCAUCCUGAGACCUUAACACACUUAAAUUUUGAUGAAAAGAAAGAGUAUCCUUCUACGGGACUGGAGAAAGGUAAUGGUGAGGUGGCUACUCUUCCUGAUUCUGCUGCUUUAAUAAGCAGAAAAGUAGAGAGUCUAAAAGAAUCUGAGGUUACAGUAUCAUCUGAGGAGAAGCGUCUCUCGUUGACUGGUCCACCAGCCGUCCGAACUUCGUGGUUAAGUUGCUGCGGUUUGUUUGAUGCAGUGACAGGAUCUGACAGAUAA